AUGUCUCUCCUCGUCACAGCCCUCUCCCUCAUCGCCGCCACCAAGGCCCAACAAGCCUGCACCCUCACCACCGAAACCCACCCCCCCCUCUCCUGGUCCAAAUGCACCUCCUCCGGCUGCACCACCACGCAGGGCUCCGUCGUCGUCGACGCCAACUGGCGCUGGACGCACCUCACAAACUCCACGACGAACUGCUACAGCGGCAACGAAUGGGACACCUCCAUCUGCACCUCCGGCGAGGCCUGCGCCCAGAACUGCUGCCUCGACGGCGCCGACUACGCGGGCACGUACGGCGUCACCACGUCCGGGAACCAGCUGAGCAUCAAGUUUGUCACCAACGGGCCCUACAGCAAGAACAUCGGCAGCCGGCUGUACCUGAUGCAGGACGAGACCAAGUACCAGAUGUUUACGCUGCUGGGCAACGAGUUCACGUUUGAUGUGGACGUGUCCAAGAUUAGCUGUGGGUUGAACGGGGCGCUGUACUUUGUGUCGAUGGACCAGGAUGGCGGACUGGCCAAGUAUAAGGGGAACAAGGCGGGUGCCAAGUAUGGCACGGGGUACUGCGAUAGUCAGUGUCCUCGGGAUGUCAAGUUUAUCAACGGUGUGGCCAACUCUGAAGGAUGGACACCCUCCAAAAACGACGCCAACGCAGGCAUAGGCAACCUCGGCACCUGCUGCGCAGAAAUGGACAUCUGGGAAGCAAACGACAUCUCAACCGCCUUCACCCCCCAUCCCUGCACCAACAGCGCACAGCACUCCUGCUCCGGCGACAACUGCGGCGGCACGUACUCGUCUGACCGAUACGCAGGCGACUGUGACCCCGACGGCUGUGACUUCAACAGCUACCGCCAGGGAAACACCACCUUUUACGGCCCCGGCUCCGGAUUCACCCUCGACACCACCAAGAAGGUCUCUGUCGUCACGCAGUUCAUCAAGGGCUCCGACGGCAAACUCUCCGAGAUUAAGAGAUUCUACGUCCAAAACGGAAAAGUCAUCCCCAACUCGCAGAGCGACAUCUCCGGCGUUUCAGGCAACUCCGUCACACAGGGAUACUGCAACGCCCAGAAGAAGGCCUUUGGCGAUACCGACUCGUUCAACGCCAAGGGUGGUUUGGCCAAGAUGGGAGAUGCGCUUGCCGCACCUAUGGUUCUCGUCAUGAGUCUCUGGGACGAUCACUACGCCAAUAUGCUCUGGCUCGAUUCAACUUAUCCUACCACUUCCACUGGACCCGGUGCCAAGCGCGGCAGCUGUUCCACCUCGUCUGGUGCUCCCUCCGACAUUGAGAACUCCGUCCCCGACUCUACCGUCGUCUUCUCCAACAUCAAGUUCGGUCCCAUCAACUCCACCUUCACCUCCGGAGGCUCUGGUGGCGAUGGUGGUUCCGGUGGUGACGGAGGUAAUGGUGGUGAUAAUGGUGGCACUGCUGCUCAUUAUGCUCAGUGCGGCGGAAUUGGCUUUACUGGUCCUACCAAGUGCGCCUCCGGCUUUACCUGCACCAAGCUGAAUGAUUACUACUCCCAGUGCCUCUGA